AAUACAUUUUUUGAUUGUCGUUAUUGUUGUUGUUCUUAUGGCUGUUGUUUGUUGCCGUUGGCAUUGGAUGACGCGGAAGCAACUCAUGUCCUGGCCCGACUUUCGCCUUGGUUUCAUGGCGCCAGUCUGCAGUCCGCCAAAAGUCAAAGAGUAAACGUUGCCUGGCUUUUAGAUAAUAUUGAUAGGAGGCGGGGGCGUGGCGCUGUCUGCUGUGACAAGAAAAACGUUUCCACUUACGUUCGAAAUUCAAUUGCAAUUUGAGCUCAAUUAUGGAUAGAUUUCCACGCGUGUGCAACAGUUCUCCUUUAAUAUACUCUAAUAUACGCUUUUAUAUCAGUCACAGCUGCAUUUCCCUUUUUAAAUGAGUGCAGAAUUUGGAGAAACGUAGGAUUAAAUGAUUUAAAUGGAUUUCGAAAGUAAUACAAGACUGUAGCUUAUUAUAAUUUUGGAACUCAUUCCAACAUACUGUGACCGCAUCAGCAUGUCGUUGUCCACGGCGCUGAUACCGCAGCAGCGACAGCCAUGCAAUCGGAAGAGCGCCCAGAUCUUUGCCAGAAUCUUCGAGCAGCGCUAUGGUAACUGGAGUUAUAUGAAAAGCCGCAGCAUUUGCCGCACCACGUCCGUUGUCGAGCAGCAGGCUAGCGGCCUAGUGAGAUGUGUCAACCAGGUGGGCAGCCAAUUGCAGACGCAGCGAAGUGCCAGCCUUUUGGCGCUCCAACGACAACAAUUGCUGGGUUUGCACAGAGAGGAUUAUCGCAUCUAUCCGCAAAGCGUCGACUUGGAUGCGUUCUUUGGAGAGGAGCACAAGUGUGAGAAGGUAUCGGAUGUUUGCCUGCUCAACGAUCACUUUAUGCUGGUCAAGAUGCCGCAGGAGCAGCAGGCCAAGGAGUUCCAGCCAGCGCCCGCUGAGCUACAGCGCAAACUGGGCUCCCGGCUGCCGCGCUGCUUUAAAUGCUAUCGCGGCAGCCGUGUUUCGCCCAUCUUGGAGGAGCAUGACCAGCCCACGCCCCAAACGGACUAUAGACCCUGGAACUCAUACGACGAUGAGGACGUCGAGGUCUUUGCCUCGAGCACGCGCAUUCUACCCGCUUAUGGCCAGCAACAAAUGCAGGCCAGUUCCACGCCUGCCGCCAAAUCUGUGCCGGAGUCCGUCAUAGUGGAGCAGCCGCUGCCACAGCGAAGCGCGCCGGCUGCAUCAUUGCAGCUGCGACUGGAGACGUUCCAAUCGCCGCCGCCAGCUGAUGCAUCUGCACAUGCCAUCAGCCGCGGCCCGCUGCACUGGUUCCUCUGGCCCUUCCGGCGGCGCUUUGCCAGCCGGCCCAGAGCUCAACUGGCCGCCGUGCACAAGACCUAUUUUGUCAGUUGGAACAAGCCGCCGGAUACGCUCUGGCAUGGCUAUGGCGUGGAGCGUGCCCAGGUGGACAAGGUUGUACUGCGGCGCUGCCGUUCCGCCAUAUUUUAAAGAAUUUCUAUCGAAGCUUUGUGUAUAUUUUGUAUAUAUUGGGGAGUCGACAACUACAACCAAAAC